AUGAGAUUACAGCUUCAGUUUGCUGAACGAGAGAUCUUUGCUCUUCGUUGCCAAGUGGAGCAGAUGCUGCAGAAAAUCCUGCCUCUGGAAAAGUGCCAGGAAGAGCUGGGUUCCUUGAAAGCAGAGUUGGAAGAGAAAAAGAGUUCUCUCAAGAUUUAUCGGGAGAGUCAACUGGAAUAUAUUAAAAUUAAAGAAGAAAUAGUAAACAGUGAUGCUGUAACUUGGUCUUGUACCUUACCUACUUAUGCUUUCCAUUUUGCUAAAAUUUUUAAUGCUUAUGGAUUCUUAGAGCAGGGAGUUGAGGAAAGAAUGGUCUUAAAUCUUGUAGCAAACACUCUGGAAGCUUCUAAAUCACCUGUACCCCAUGCACCAGUAUAUGCUGGGGGCCACUCAGCUGGAAAGCAGCUUGGCAGGAAAGGACCCAAGGGUCCUGCUGGGCACCAAGCUGGACACGAGCCAGUGAUGUACACUUAUGGCAAAGAAGAUUGCUGGAGAAAGAAACUGGAAACAAAAGUGAAGAAACUUGAAGAGGCUGCAACAAAGCAUACACAGGACAUCAAACAACUGAAAACUGAGAAGAAAAGGCUUGAAAAGGAGCUGAAGAAGGCGCAAGGAAAACUUGAUGGUGUAUUUCAAGAGAACUGCAGAAAAGUAGUUAAGCAUGCGGAGACACAGAGUUCAAAUGAAGAUCUUAAAACAGAUAUAGACAAAGAAAAAAUAAAACUCUUGUUAGAAGAACUCUGGAUGUGCAUAGAUAGUGCAACAGGAAAAAGAGAGAAUCAGGAAGAUGAUCCUGUCUUGGCUUCUAUUAAGGAUAAGACAUGGCCAGAAAAAAGAUUGACUAUUACAGAAGAAACUGUGCAAAUCCACCAAAAGGUCAGGAGGUAUGAUGGCAAAACGCUACCUUCUUAUUCUUCAUUGGAAGGUGCUGGAAAGGAAAAUUCUGUAACAGCCAUGCAACUUCAAGCAAGCACUGAGCUUUCUGAAGCUGACCAUGUUGAGAACAGGACUACUGAAGAAUGUCUGCACAGUGGGGAGACUAAAGCUGCAGGUGUGAUAAUAGAGACAGAUGCAUCACACAGCAGUUCAGACCUCUCUGACCAGGAGCAAAAGGGCCUGGAUGGAAAUGUGAUGGAUAUAUUGAAUUGGGCGAGGCCUCUCCCUGCUCUACUUUCUCCAGUACAGCUUUCACCAAUAACUAGACAGGAUUUACUGUUUGGAGAAGUCACAGGUUCCAGCGAUGAAGAAGUUGACUGCAGUGCUUCUGUAGUGGAGGCUAUUUUAGAAGAAGACCAAGUUCAGCCUCAGAGUUGUAAUGAAUUCAGCCUCAGUGAGGAGUAUAACAGACAGAGCAAAUCAUGUGGGUGUGACCUUGAUGGAGUGAUCUCACAUAACCUGAGUUGGAAUGAAAAGAUCUCAAGCAAGGAGGAGAGAGAUGCUGAAACAGAGCAAGCCGGCACUGCUGCUUUAAUCACAAACAUAGAAACUGACCAAGAGUGUUUGGAGGGGAAUUCUGAGAAUAUGGAAACAGAGAAGAGAAAACUAACUGAAGCAACAGCACAUGAACUGGAAGCCAUCGGAGAACAGAAGGGAGAUAGUGAGGACAUGCACGGUGAAGGAGGUUCUUCAGCUGAUUUUAUGUUACAGAGUUGCAAGCCACAGAAUCAGAUGGAAAAAUGUAGUGAGGUAGAGCAAACAGAAGAGAAUGUAAUCUUAAUCAGAACAGAAAGAGAUGUGUUGUCAGGAGAAACACCCAGGGCAGUAUCUGUUCCCCAGAAUGUUACUCAUUUGCCACCUGAGCAAUCUGAUGUGAUGAUACAGAAUGAAGGGGUUGAAAAUGAAUCAAAAAAUCUAAUCAAAAUAACUAAUACAGCAAGUGAUGUAGAGGAAAACACAAACCAGGUGAUAAUUGGAGAGGAACUAACAGCUGCAAUACAGAUGGAAAGACUCUGUGCAGAGGCAAAUAAUGAGAGAGAGACCUCUAGAAAUGUACUGUCUAAUUUCAGUGGUUCUGGAUCCUUUUGUGAAGUGGAAGGUCCUAAAGAGCUGUUGGUGCAGCAUGAUGGGGAGAAAAUAAUUAUGGACACUGAGGCAGACACUGGAGCUGUUGAGAUCUUUGCAUGCUCUCAGCACUCUGAAAUAACAUAUGACAGUGAAGAGAUCUUGGAGAAACCAUAUGUGCAAACAAUAAAAGAUGAAGUAGAUGGAGAAUACCAACCAGAGACUGUUAAAGUCUCUAGAUGUUCCUCACCUGUAUCUGCUGUUGAAGGAAUCAGAAAUUCGUUGUCCAUGGAUGACACCAACAAAAAUGUAGUUAUGGAGUGGACUGCUCUGUCAGCCUUUCCAAAAGAUGAUGAACAGCUCAAAAUUGAAGACAUGAAUAUAAGCAAACCUGAGACUAUUGAACUAGCCAUGAGACUUAAGAGAGAAGGUGUUGUAGAAAAGACUGAAUCAUCAGAGCUGCUCCAUAGUGCAGAAAGUGGAAAAUUAGUAGAUAUAAAAGAGGGGGGAUGUUUAAAAGGCAAAGCACACGAGGAAGAAGGUGGUAGUGAUCUAUCACAAGGGAAAUCAGAGCUGGAGUUUGUACUUGGGUCACCGAAGGUGGGGUGCAUUACUGAUGCAGAAGACAGUGUAGCUAAGUGUGAAUCCUCUGGUUUGGAUGUUACCGAAAUGAAACAACCCGAAAACCUGUGUAGUACAUUAGAACAUGAGCUGUCCAAAACUCAAAACUUCAGAGUGUUUGAAUCUCAAGAGACUGAAUUCAAAGUUAAUCCAGAGGAUUUUGGAGAGGAAAGCAGUGAGCUGUUAGAAACAGUGGAUACCACUGAAUCUGUCAUAGUAGAAACUAAUCUCACUUCUCAGGCACAGUUUGCAAAACCUCUGAAUCAGUUCUUGGUAACUGAAAAUGUUAAAUGUGAUGAAAUAGAAAGGGAAUUAAAUAAACAAAACAAGGAAUUGGUGACUGAGACUACUUCCAGUUCACUUAACUGGGAAAAAAAUGUGAAGAAAAAUAGUAUUUCAGAGAUCAUCUGCCAGCCUACUUCAGAAAUGGAUUUUAAUAGUGUCUUGGCUUUUUCUGCCCAAGGGGACUUGGAGAUGGCCUGUUUUAAUACUGAAGAAACAGAUUCUCCUGUGCAAGUGGGAAUUGGUUUGGAAUCCACAAUGCCUUCUAAUCUAAAUUUCAGUCUUCAGAAAGCUGUUAGUUUUGUUGAAAAUAACUUCACAGAAAAGGUUACUUUUUCACCUAUAUGGGAAAACAAAGAUAAUAAUUGUUUUACAGGUAGUACAUUUAACUGUUCUUCAGAAAUCUUGGAAGGGGGUUCUGAGAUCCUAUCUGCUGAAAGAGCCAACCUGUGCAAAGAACUGGACUGUCCUGAGAGGGAGUACCUACACACAAAUGAAGUGAAAAUUCCAGAUGAGAAGGAGCAGCCAGUAGAUAAAGAACCUCAGGUAUCUGUUCAAUCACAGAUCCUGCAUGCAAGCUCUUGCAAUAAGAAUACUUUUCUUCUCCAAAAGUGUUCUCAAGAAUCAGGAUGCAGGACUUCUAUGUGGGACGUUAGAACAGAUCCUUCUAGAACUGGUCCACUGACAGCUGAGGGAGAAAGCAAAGAAUUGAACAGUUUUGAGGCAUCUGGGGAAAAUGCUGUAAAAAGGUCUGAAGAUUAUUUUGAUGUGCUGGAGCAGAACAGUGGAUCUGAAGAGAAGCACCAUUCUGUACAAAAAAUCAGAUAUCUGAAAUGUUCUCAGUGUGUUCCCAUGUUGAGAAAGGACCAGACAGCUUACAAGAGAGUUGCAGGGAGUGCUCUGGAAACUGGUGCAGUUGUUGAUGCUGAUUACCAAGCGUGUGAACUUCAUUCGACAAUGCACCCAGGAAAUACCUCACCAGCUAGUUGUCUAAGAGCGGACACUGUGGUGGAUAUGGAUGCGCACUGUGAAAGAAACAGCUCUCCAGAUACUGCAAAUAUGUUGGCAAAUGGGGUUGAGGGGGAUUAUCCUAAAAACGUAGAGUCUUGGAAAAGACAAUGUGUAUUAGUAACUUCUGAAAAUCCUGAGGGUGCUAAUGAAUGCAUGGUAGAUUCUAACAGAGAUGGAUGCAUCAAUGACAGUGAGGAAAGUUCUCUAAAAACUGGGACAUCAACAGAAAGCCUUGUGAUGCCAAAUACUUCAAAAAAUAGUUUACCGCUAUGCCAGAUAUUAACUGGAUUCUCAGAAACUUGCAGACUGCCUGUAAAAAACAGUAAAUUAAAUACAGAAACCUUAGCACUCGGCAAUUUCUUAGAAGAAAAUGGUUCUGAAAAACUUCAGUCAAACAUGGAGCAAGUUCUACAACAUGGUAUUGAUAUGGGUGUCUCAGUCACUGAAGAAUAUAAUCAUGAUCAAACUUGCAACACUGGAGAAAACAACACUGAUGUUAUCCUAGAUGGUAGCAAUAGAAAAAAAAGAAAAGUCACGUAUCUUCCAAAUCCAGCCCUGUCUGAUGCAGAGUGCAAUUGUCAGACAGUUAGGCAGCCUUCUGAGCCACCAAAGACAGUAUUUGAGAAGCUGUGUGCAUUGGAGUCAGAGUCUCGUGUGGAUGUUACUCUCAAAAAGAGCAAUAAACUGAAGUGCCAAGAGCAAGAACCAUCUGAAGCCUUGACUGUUUCAGGCAAGGCAGCUGCCCAGGUAGCACACGCCAAACUACCAAAGAGUCUGGUUCAAGGUAAAAGAAAAACAAAGACUCACAAAGUUAAGCUAACUCAGCCAGUUCUUGCAAAUGCGGAUACUUCUGUGCCAACAAAAUGCUCCUCUGAGACUAUAAAUAAAAUUAGGCAAGAGAUGGGUCCCCCUCUGCCUCCCUUGCUAUUGCCUUUGAUUGCCACUCCCCCGAAAGCUGCGUGUAGUGUGUCUCCAGUGACGUCUUCUAUUGGUCAGUGCUCUUUGUUUUCCCCUCUUGAUGAUCUGAUAUCCCCUCUACGUGAGACUCCUGUUCCCCCUCUCAUGUCUCCAUUAACACAUACUCCAACAGUAAAAUCUGCUCUUCUAUUUUCUCCUCCCUCACCCUCAGAAGUGGCAGUAGGCAGAAGGAUUCGUUCCUCACCGUUGAAAUUUUGUACUUCCAUUCCAAAGCAUGCGCUUCCUGUCCCAGGGAGGCUUCCUCUGCUGGCCCCUGAGGGUGCUGCUCCGGCUGCUCCUCAGGAGAACUCCGUGAAAAUACUAGACACUAUGUAUCCAGAGCUGUCUGCCAGGGCGAGGACACUGAACAUCCUGAAAGGUAACAUUCAUCUUGGCCGAUGUACUUUUUCAGACAGCCAGAAUUUGCCAGGGCCUGUGGCUCAAAUAGGUGGGUUCAAAUCGAUUUCAUCUACAUCUACUGCUUUUGUUAAAACUGGUAGCAAUUUGAAAUCUGAUAAUAGCAACAAUCAAGACAAAGAUGUGCAAAAUCAGCAAUUGUUUUCAAGCUCAUCAAAUCGUCUUGAAAAACGGACACUGUUGCCAAUAUCUAUGCCAAGAAGUGCAAAGAGACUGAGGCUGGACAGUGAACCGUCAAAGCUGGAGCCCAGUGAUACUGCUGCUAUUGGAAGUAAUGAAAAGACCAUCUCUGAAGUGCAGGAGGCUUUCCAUGACAAAAGCUGUGAAGUCAGUGAUUCAGCACACAGUUCCAGGUUAGAAGCAUCACUAGCAGUAAAGAAAGUUAUUGAUCCUGACUGUUGGAAAGUUUCUUUGGCAUUGAAGAAAAUUGCUGAAUCCUGUUUUGACUUGUUACCGGUCAUUAAAGGUCACGUGUAUGUUGGCAAUAUCUCAAAGAUUCCAAUAAUGAGAGAUCAAGAGAAGGAAGUUGUGUAUGAAUUUGGUAUAAAAAACAAGCAUUUAGCAGAGUCCUUGCUGCAUGCUAUUCUCAGUAAACUCAAGGCUCAGAAAGAUGCCUCCAAUUACAGUUUCAAUCAGGCUCUGUGUCGGGUCUAUACGGGAGUUUGUCGGCAGCUGGGAGAUCUGGAAAGAGCUCGCCUUCUCUGCUAUACCCUGCUUAAAGAAGACUUUCCAGACUCAGAAAAAUUGGUGUUAUUUAUCACAAAUGUAUGGUCUGACAUAUUUGUCUUCCAAGGUGCAAUUAACAAAGCUAUGCAAUUAGUUGCCAGGCAGAAUGCAAGCGAUGAGAUGCUGACCUGUUUGAGUGCUUAUGUCAACUGGGACCAGAGCUCCUCAUUAGAUGCUGGUACUAUGGUCUCCAGCCUGCUUUUAGAGAUGCAGUCCUGUCCGACAGUGGGGUUGCAGCGGAGUGAGCAGCACGGGGAGGAGCUGAGUGAGGGGGCCUGGCAGUACCUCUUUGCUGUCGAUCUGCUCUGCUCCCACCUCAAGUGGGACUGGACACACAGCAACGUUAUAAGCAAAGUGCUUUGGCCUUCUAUGGAUAAAUGGGUAAAGACGAGGAAGGGCCAUGGAACUUCUCAAGCUAUUCCUGAUAGUAUUAUAGCAUUGACACUCAGGCUAAUUGGUCGAUUGGGCCAAAUUGGUUUGAAGGAAGGAUACCUUGCUGCAGUGAAGAAUAUUAGUUCUGUAAUCGGACUGUUUGUACAGCACGCAAAAGAGGAAGGUGUUCCCUGGGGUGUGCAACUGGCAGCCAUAUAUGCGCUGUGUGACUUGGGUUCGAGCAAUCCAGAAGGUGUUGCUGAGGCCAUCCAUUCUUGGAGAGCAACAGUUCUUGACAACGUGCCUCCUGCCGUCACAAGUGGCAUCGCUGAAAUCACUUCUCUCUGUAAAAAGGAGCUGAACUAA